AUGGCUUUCCAAUCUUUCAAAUACAAGUUUUACUCUAAGGGCUAUCAUUGCUCUGCCCAAAAGUCUGCCACAGCGUUUUUUGAAAGUUCGUACCAGUAUUUGAGACGCAACCAAGGUCUUGUUAGCCAAGAAACUUGGAUUCCGUCGCAGCACUCUGGAGGCGUGAAUCCUCAUCCUGUUGUGGGUGCAAGCGUUAAUUACAACACAGUUGAAUAUGUUCUACAAAAAGAAGCAGCCGAUGAGAAUGGUCAGAGCUUGAACAAAGAGGAUCACGAACAAAACGCAGAGAGACUCGAACGACGCACACGCGAAGGACGUAGACAGAGCUUUGGCGCGACUUCAUCGCUCCAUCCGCAUAAUGGACAGAGCUUAAUGAGCCGAGUCAAGCCCGAAGAACUCUCGUACUUCCACAACCAGAAGAACGUGGUAAUAAAUCAAAAACUCUCCCAAAGCUAUUACUCGACAGCUACAAAUACUGAAAAGGCGAGUGCCGAGCACGUGAGUUCCUCAGCAGUGGCGCCCGUUACGCAGCAUCGAGCGCCAAUUCUCGAGGAACCCCCGUCUGAGACGCUCUCGCCUUGGGAGCCUGACACGGAGGAGAGUUUGAAUCCACAAACAUUUCUUAGAACUCAGGAAAAAGAGAUAAGGAGGCAUUUCGAGCAGAAAAACUUCAACAAGAUAAAUGCUCUAUACCAGUCUUUGAAAAGAAAUGAGAUCGUGCCAUCGUUGGAAAUUUACUCGAUGGUAAUAGAAUCCGUUUGCAAGCGGUCUCUUGACAACGAUAACCUCGACAACAGAAUGUUUCACCUUCUGAGCUGUUAUCAAGACUUAAUCACUAAUAAAUUGCGGCCCACGGAACAGAUCUACAACAUGGUGAUAGGCGCUCUUUUUGAAGGCUCUAUAAUGGCAAGUGUCUCGCACAAUGACAACGGGCUUGAUUUCUAUAAAAUUGCCGUCGAUCUCUUUAGGGCUUCGAAUGCCCACAAGAAUCAUGAAUUUUCAAAGAGCGUUCUAGAUUUUUCCCUUCUCGCCAUGAAUUUAUACCCUGGAUAUGUUCAAAUCGAUUACGUGAGACAUGCCUUGAACAACUCAAGCUUUUACGUCAAAGACGCUUUCUACUAUGUGGCGAUGUUACUUUACGCAAGAUCCUUAAAUGACAACGCAGAAGUUAAAAGAGUAUACGGGGAGUUCAGAAACGCCUGUGCACUAAGCAAAGAACUUAGUCAAGGACAAUACGAAGUUUACAGUGCGGCGUUAAUGGGACUUGUAGAAACUGGGGACUUGCCAGUGGCUAUAAAGUUGUUAGAUAAGGUUUUGUCAGAGAUUAGAGAGGAAGAUGGAAGAGCUUUUAAUAUUGCGAUGAUUUUGAGCAAUUUUAUCCUCUCAGUCAGUAAACUGGACUCCGAGAAAGCUUAUAACUUGCUGUUAAAUUUUGCGAAAUUGAGAUGGGUUCCCGAUUUGUCGUAUGAGUUCCAUUUGGCAUUGUUGUCCAAUAGCAUGGAAAAUUGGGAUCUCUCCAAAAAAAUCUAUGACUACAUUUACCCCAUGAGGAGAGUACUCAAGCGCGAGAGACAUGCUUUGAGCGAUUAUUUACUAUCACCUGCGGACACUCACAACACAUUUAACGUUUUUCUAGGCCGUGCUCUCCAAUUGAAUGAAACCGAAACCGUUAUGAAAAUUGUGGAAGAGUCAGUAGUAAAGUCAUUCAAGUUUGAUGUUUCACUUUACGGUGCGAUUUUUAGGUUUUUCAAGGAGAUCAAAUGCCCGGAAGACUAUCUCUUGCGGUUCAUAUCCACUCAUGGAAACCUUAUGGAGGAAGGUCAAGAAAGAUUUGAAUUUUUGAAUGGUUUGAUUGAAAGCUACCAAUCCCAAGUAAUCUUAACAAAAGUGACCGAAAUGCCUUUUUUCGCUGACUCUUGCAGGUGUCUUAAGAUAUCGGAUAGCAAAAUCAUUAACCACAGUGGUCUUAUUGCAUGCUUCCAGAGCUUGUGGCGCUCUCCUCAGACAAUAGAGAAGUACGGUUACAAUUUAGAACUUCAUGGUAUUGUAAUAUCGAGGUUUUGCGAUCUCGAGAGCUAUUAUGCAGUGAUGGAAAACGAGUUUCUUUUGAAGUUCAAGGAAGACAUGACCGAGAGGUUCCAGAAGUUGGUCACUAAUUAUAGACGCCUCAAUUUGGAUCCCACGCAGGUCUCGGCGACUGUUGUCCAAGCAACGAAAAUGAUUGACAUGCCCGAAGAACUGACCGAAUAUUUUGCCCAUCCUGGUGAUUGGGACAAAUCUUACCCGCUCAAUCUCGGAUCCAUGAUACGCAACUCCUAUAAGACGGGCCUGAAGUCGUUUACGCGACUACGUGAAUCUGGAUACUGUUUUGACUAUGACACAUACCGAGAACUCAUUCACAAAAAAAAAGUUGAUGAAAAUAUAAUCUCCAUGUCUUUGAAACUAUGCACCGAUGACCAAGAGCUGAAAUACUUGGCUAACUGCUUAGUCGUCAAAACCUUUAACCAGGACUUGGAAAGAGUCUUGUUACUUCAUGCUGACUUCAGAGAUAAAAUACUUCCACACUUGAAGGAUGAGUCGCUGUUGAGAAUUGCUAAGAACACCCGUGAUAUUCAAACGUUUAUUCAAAUCAUUGACUUCCCAGCUAGGUUCCAAGGGAUUUCCUCUCGAGUCGAAAAUAGGUCUACUGUUGACUACAUUUACGACACUCUCUUCAAACAGAAGAAAUACGAGCUGGUUGUUGAACUUAACGACCAAUGUCCCGUCAUGAACAUACCGAUUUUACUCAAAUCAGCAAUCAGAAGCGGGGACUAUGCUCGUUACGAAGUUUUCUGCAAGAAGUUCCAAUCCAAGCUUGGCGAUGAAGGUACUAACAUCAAGGCAGAAUUUUUGAUUAAUAAUGGGAAAGUUGAUGAAGCUCUGAAGCUUCUGGAAUCAGCUUUGACGAAAACUAAGCACCAAACUGGUGAUUUAUACACAUUUGCCUUGUUUUUGAAAAGCUUUGACCGGCCUGUUUCAUAUUUCCCAAAGAUUGAAAAUACAUUGCAACUUGCUAAUAUUUUAUCUGCUCAAGACUCAUUUCAGUCACAAGUUGCUUUGUAUCAAACAAUGCUAUCCGAAAAUGCCGGUUUAGGAGGAAGGAACUUGUGCAACGCGGUGGCGGUAGAGAUUUCAGACCAGUUGCUAAAUAACUUGAGCGCUUCUCUUCAAUUCAUCGACUUGGGGAAGGAGAAGAUGCUUGAAAAGAUCGCCAUGAAGCUCGGAAACUUUUAUCGGAUGAGAGUCUUCAUGAAAUUACCUGUACUGGAGGAGUCUACUAUGCAGAAGCUUCUGCACAUCAAUAGUAUUGCUUUGCCCGACGAAGUGGAUAAUCUUUUCAACAACAUUGUCGAGACAAUCUAUUUGAACCCCAAUACGCGACAGUUAUAUUUGAAAAAUGAUCUCAUCUUCAAUUUCCAAUCGCAACAAAUGAUAGACCUUAUAGACCAGGUUCAAACGUAUUACGAAAUUGAAAAAAAUGAUGAAAAUGCUGCCAAGGCCAAAGCAUUCAGCUCGGUGUUGAAGAAACUUUACUACACAUCUUCUACUGUUUGA